AUGUCGCAGAGCAGUUCGGAGAGGAGGAAGGAGAAGUCGAGAGACGCGGCGCGAUGCCGGCGCAGCAAAGAGACCGAAGUGCUCUACGAGCUGGCCCACGAGCUGCCGCUGCCGCCCAACAUCAGCUCGCACCUGGACAAGGCCUCCAUCAUGCGCCUGGCCAUCAGCUUCUUGCGCACGCACAAGCUCUUGUCUUCAGUAUGUGCUGACAACGAGACUGAGCUGGAGGCAGACCAGCAGAUGGACAACCUGUACCUGAAAGCUUUGGAGGGAUUUAUUGCCGUGGUGACACAGGAUGGAGACAUGAUCUUCUUGUCAGAGAAUGUCAACAAAUAUAUGGGUCUAACCCAGGUGGAAUUAACUGGACACAGCAUUUUUGACUUCACUCACCCAUGUGACCAUGAAGAAAUUCGAGAGAAUCUGAGUCUGAAAAAUGGUCCAGGCUUUGGAAAGAAAAGCAAGGAGAUGUCUACCGAGCGUGACUUCUUCAUGAGGAUGAAAUGCACUGUUACCAACAGAGGCAGAACUGUCAACCUCAAAUCUGCCACGUGGAAGGUUUUGCACUGCACUGGACAAGUUAAAGUAUAUAACACUUGCCCUCCUCACACCCUGUGUGGGUAUAAAGAGCCUCUCCUCACCUGCCUUAUAAUAAUGUGUGAGCCCAUUCAGCAUCCUUCAAACAUCGACAUCCCCCGGGACAGCAAGACCUUCCUGAGCCGCCAUAGCAUGGACAUGAAAUUUACCUACUGUGAUGACAGAAUAACAGAGCUGAUCGGUUAUCAUCCCGAGGAGCUACUGGGCCGCUCAGCAUAUGAGUUCUACCAUGCCUUGGACUCGGAGAAUAUGACCAAAAGUCACCAGAACUUGUGCGCCAAGGGCCAAGUGGUGACGGGCCAGUACCGGCUGCUCGCCAAGCACGGCGGCUACGUGUGGCUGGAGACGCAGGGCACCGUCAUCUACAACACGCGCAACCUGCAGCCGCAGUGCAUCGUCUGCGUCAACUACGUGCUCAGUGAAAUUGAGAAGAAUGAUGUUGUGUUCUCUAUGGACCAAACGGAGUCUCUCUUUAAACCUCACCUGAUGACGAUGAGCACCACCUAUGAGAACGGGAUCCCCGUGGCCGAGAAGAGCGACUUCUUGUUUACUAAACUAAAGGAAGAACCAGAAGAACUUGCUCAGCUGGCACCAACACCCGGCGAUGCCAUUAUUUCCCUGGAUUUUGGGACGCAGAAGUUUGAGGAGAGCCCUGCCUUCACGAGCGUGGCCCUGACGCCAAGCAAGCCGUGGCCGGUGGAGGGGCAGAGCCGCGCUGCGCAGGGCGACGCGCUGCCCAUACCGGCUUUCACGAGGCCGCAGAUGGCCCCUGGCAGCAGCACGCCAAGUGCAAGCAGCAACAGUAGCUGUUCCACGCCAAGCAGCCCGGAGGAUUACUACAGCUCUGUGGAUGAAGAUCUCAAGAUUGAGGUGAUUGAAAAACUCUUUGCCAUGGACACAGAAUCAAAGAAUCAGUGCAGCUCCCAGACUGAUUUCAAUGAACUGGACCUUGAAACCUUGGCGCCUUACAUUCCUAUGGAUGGAGAAGAUUUCCAGCUCAGCCCAAUCUGCCAAGAAGAACGUCCUCUUCCUGAAAGUGCACAAAAUACCCAGCAGAGUCUCAGUAGCAUGAGUACCAUCUUCCAGCCUCUUGCUUCUGCUUCACAGAACCAGUACCUCCCAGACAAGUAUUGCCCACAGCUAUCAAAUAAGAACAUUAACCCAGGUCAUGGGUCCCUAUCAUCUGUGUUCUUCAACAACAUGAGUAGGUCAUCGCUGCCACCAUACCAUGACCAAGCCAGCACUCCCCUGUCUUCAAUGGGAGGAAGACCAAACACGCAGUGGCCACCUGAUCCCCCGAUAGAAUAUGUUCCUACUAAAUGGAGACUCAUGGAUAAAUACUCAGGAUGCUUAUCAAGUUCCUCCUCAGGGCCGCCACUACAUUCCCCCAACAUGCUCCUAUAUAAAAAAAGGCCACUGGAUGCUUUUGGGCAACAACGUAUAGACAUAAACCCAGCGAGAAUUGCUCUGACCAACAGUUUGAAACUGAAGCGACAACUGGAUUAUGAAGAGCAAGCRUUGCAACAGCUGAGUGGGGGCGACCCAUCUGUCAUUAACCCAUCUCAGCUGAUGUGGAAGAGAAUGAAGUUUCUCAAAGGUGAAAAUUGUUCCUUGGUUACAGAGAAGAAGUCACUCAGCACAAGUGUUCUUACUGAUGACUUUAUUUGUAACUCGAGAGGUCUGAGCCAACCAAUGAACCAACUGCAGCAGCAGCAACUGCAGCAGCAGCAGCAACCCCGCUGCGGCAGUCCUGGUGAGACUCUGAAAGCAGGAACUUUCCCCUCUCAGUUUUACAGUCCCCAUUAUCAGGACUUUGCUGCCCAGCCAACUCAUAAAGUGUCAGGUAUGACAAGUCGUCUGCUGGGGCCCUCCUUCGAACCGUACCUGCUGCCCGAGCUGACGAGAUAUGACUGUGAGGUGAACGUCCCCGUGCUGGGCAGCUCCACGCUCCUGCAGGGCAGCGAACUGCUCCGGGCGCUGGACCAGGCCACCUGAGCAAGCCUGCAAGAUUCCUCGGCCUAUACUGUUCAAACAGCUUCAGUUUUUAAAUAUAUUUUUUUUGCAAGUAGACAAUUUCUAAUACCAAUACACUUUUACAGGAUUUUACUUAGAUAUUGAACCUGUCCACGUUACCAAAUAGUGGCCUUUUGAAGUUACUCACUUUAUUAUUCAUAUAAAGAAAUACAUCUACUGUAUUUUCUCUAUUGCAAUUAAAGUGUUGUUUAGAGAGUUUGAUUGCCCUCCCCUUAUCUUGUUGCCUGUAAUUUAUACUCUAAAAUUUUCUUCAAUU